CGAAUCCGCAACCACUCCGGACCAUCCAGGAACAACGUUUGCACUCAUCGUCAUCCCUUCCAAUCCAAAUCUCCUGCUUGUGAACUCUGCCGUCCACUACGAGCACCGGUCGGGAAUCGCAACACACACAUACACACUACAGGAAACAAACUCGAAUAUCUAUCCCCACAGAUACAUUCGUGACAAGACAAAAGACCAAGAACAUGUCCACCCUGAACCAGCUUUACCUGCUCGCCGACCACGUCAAGCUCUCCCUCCUGGAGCGCCAGCGCGCCCUGUCGCUCAACCUCGACGCCGACACCCAGGACGGGCACAUCUCUCGCUCGCUCGACCAAUUCAAAGAUGGCCUGGAAGCAUUAGACGCCGAGGCCAAGCGCCUGCAGGGUGCCGGCGAUGACAGCGCCGCCCUGAACAUCACCGACUCCCUCCCCGCCCUGCAGAAGCAGUUCUCAGACCUGACCUCCCAAUUCCACGGGUUCUCGAACCCCUCCACCUCCUCCACCACAACCUCGCCAAACGACCCCUCCCUCGCCGCCGACUUUGACGCCGCCCAGUCCACGAAACCCCUCAAGGGCUCCCUCCGCGGCCUCCCCGGCGCCGCCGCCUCGAACAACAAGACCGUCCGCUUCACCGAUUCCCCCGGCGCCGCAGCAGCAGCCGAAGAAGACGCCGCCGCCGCAGCGCUCUUCGGCCCCGGCCGGUACCGCGACGACCCGGCCGACACGGCGGGCUACCGCGACCAGGCCGAGGGCAUGGACAACCAGCAGAUCCACGCGUACCACUCGCAAAUCAUGCGCGACCAGGACGACCACCUGGACCGGCUGGGCGAGUCCAUCGGGCGGCAGAGGGAGCUGAGCAUGCAGAUUGGCGACGAGCUCGACUCGCACGUCGCCAUGCUGGACGAGGUGGACGAGGUCGUGGACCGGCACCAGGGCCGGCUCGAUCGGGCGCGCCGGUCGCUGGGGAAGGUCGCGCGGGACGCCGGGGAGAAUAAGCAGAUGAUGACGAUUGUCGUGCUCAUCAUCAUUCUGGUUUUGCUGAUUGCGAUUCUGAAGUGAUGAGUGAGGGGAUGGAAAAAGGGGAAGAGAUCAGCAGCAGCGGCGGAUGCGUUGCAGUCAUGGACGGGCAGCCUCUCUUUGAUUUUUGUUUUGUUGGGGUUUCCCUCUUUUGUUCGGAGCCGUCCUUAUCCAAGAGACAGGCGCGAGAGACAUAUAGGUACUUGUUUGAAGUCUUUCAAGUAUAAGGCGCAUAGCAUGGUUUGGCGUUUUAGGAGUCUUUUUUUCAAUCAGAGUCAAUUUCUUCGUCUGUUACAGCAAUCAUUCUUUUGAUAUUUCUCGGACAUGGUACCAACGGGAUUCGCGAAGAAAGUCUACGGGACCGCGGGUGAAAGAGGUGGAGAGGGCAAACGGAC